AUGGAGAACAUCUCCAGGAAGCUGCUGGCUGGAAGGCCCUACCAAGUUGGUCCAAUCGCCAGUAGUACACCUACAAAUGUCUUUGGUGCUGGGAUCCCUGACUCGUCAGCUGUGAUUCUCAGUAAUGAUGACUUGACGUCGUUUGAGGCUCUCCAGAUUUCUUUACCAGAUGAGGAUGAUAAUUUAUGCACCAGCCUUCCGGUUGGUGGUCCCCUCAUCAAGCAUGUCUUAACCCUUCCAGACCGGAUUCUCUUUAGUACGAUCAGCGGUUUGUACGAGGCGUUCGGACAGUACCAAGAUACGACCAUGCCUGCGGGGAUGCUAAGGAACACUCCAGCUCGAUGCUAUGAAUGGAUGAUGGCCCCUACUCAGAGCAGAACGGCUGAAGUGUACAUACUAGCUCUAGCAAAAUCUGACGACAAACAAAAAGUCUUCGCUGCUCGCGUCCAGUCAGGCAUGAUGUUAGAUUUUCAGGAACUACUGGAUGACAGUGGAGGAGGCGUUUGUAGUGUUUUAAAUCAAACAGAGAGUACUUCUUGUGAGAUUGUUAGCGGCACUGUCAGUGGGACAAAAGAUCAAGAGUUCUUGCUACUUCUGAAAGGAGAUUCAAGCUACUACAUUGUGACGUAUAAUGGUGGCACCCCUUCACGUCAAUGGACUGUUCUGAGAAAUUUCUCCGGUAGCCAAUUAGCAAAUGAAGGUCCCCCCUGGUUUGAAUGUUUAUCGUAA